AUGUUCUCGUGGAUCGCGUCGAAACCGGCGGCGAAGGAGGAACCGCCCAUUCCCAAGAGCUUCGACCCGCUCAAGGGGCUGGGCGGAGCCGUCGCAUUUUACAAGGAUGUCGAUUCUCAGGCCGCCGAUGCUGCUGGAUCAGGCAAGCUGAUUGGCUCCGCUGCUGCUUUCUACGCCAAUGUUGCUCGCGAACGUCUGCUAGAAGCAGCUGACGCGGCUGUGCCCGCGGGUUCGAAUCCCAGCGCUGGCAAUAAUUCAACAGCCGAAAUUUGCCCUGGCGUUGGCGAAAUCAACGAGUUCCUGCGACGGGGGCGACGCUGCAUUGACUCUGUCGCGCCGUCGCUGGCUGAUGCGGGGGAAGGCAAGGCGGAGGGCGGUUCCUCCGUGCCUGCGCCGGAGCUGGACUUGAGGUUCGGGAGUGCGGCUGAGGAGCCGGUUCGGUGGCUGUUCAAAGUGGUGAUUGGCAGCGAGCAUGCGGACUUGGAUGCAAUCGUCUCGGCCAUCGUCUACUCCUUCUUCCUGGAUCACUCAGAGCCGCCCAGCGCGCGGGCGGCGGGGCUUUGUCUGCUUCCUCUAGUGCACACGAGCCGGGCGGAUUUCCACCUCCGCACUGAUGCAGCGUGGCUGCUGCAAGCGAUGGGCGUGGACACACAGGCACUUCUCUUCUUAGAUGAGGUGGCUUCCAUCUUCGCACUGUUACUGGUGCGCACGAGCCGGGCGGACUUCCAUCUUCGCACCGACGCGGCAUGGCUGCUGCAAGCGAUGGGCGUGGACACACAGGCUCUCUUGUUCCUUGAUGAGGUGAGCGGCUUGAUGGUUACCAGGUUACCAUCGGGUAUCAACAGAGGGCAGGUCGCUGGUGCACACGAGCCGGGUGGACUUCCACCUCCGCACCGACGCUGCGUGGCUGCUGCAAGCGAUGGGCGUGGUGGACACACACGCUCUCUUGUUUCUUGA